AUGCGGUCAGAAUUUGCUCUUCCGGAGCUGGAACGUUUGAGCUCCCACCUAUUUGCCUGGCAUUGGCUCCCAUCUAAUGGGACCACAUGCCAUUCUGGUGGCAUCCUGCUAGGAGUUAAGGAUGCCACCUUUGAGGUGGGUAGCAUGGACCGUGGCGAGCUCUUCGUCAGCAUGGAGAUCUUCGAGUGCUCCCUAAACUUCAAAUGGGAGAUAGUCAUAGUCUACGGUCCUGCCGACCACCGUCGUUCCAAAGCUUUCCUCGACGAGCUUCGGAGGAAGGUGCUGGCGGCUCAGCUGCCAGUGGUGGUGGGUGGGGACAAAAGCAACAGUCUAGUCAACCUCCCUCGGAUGCAAAUGUUCAAUGAUUGCAUCGCCGACCUCGGCCUCCGAGAAUUAGACAGGGUUGGGUCCAGCAAAAUUGCCCCCGCCACCACCGGACACGUCCACCGCCGCCGGACGCUUCAGCCGCCGCCGCCCGCAGCCAAUCUCCGCGCGCCAUGUGGCGGCCCCGUCGCCCAUACGCCGCCGGCCCGCUCGGCCCGGGGCGGACCCUCCCGGCCCGCGUCGCCUCCGCCCGCCGUCCCGCGGUCCGUCUCCUCCGGCGACCCCGCGCCUCGCCGCCCGCAGCUCCUCCCCAUCGCCAUCCGGCCGCGCCACCGCCCGGGCGAGCCCGCACCGGCGCCGCCCGUGCCCCCAGCUCCGGUCGCCGGCCCCGCCGCCCGGACUCCUCCGCUCCGGCCGCCGAGUGCCCCGACCUCCCCCGAGCUCUCCGUCGCCGUCUCCCUCCUCUCCAAACUCCGGCCGGCCAGCUCCGUCUCCGGCGAGCCCGACGAACCCUAG